AUGUCAAGAGUGUGUUUCUCCAUACAAUAACUUUUUUUGUGGCCUCAAUCAGUAAAUCCAACAAAUCCAGAUGAUUCAAGUAAUCCCAAUCCAACUCCGACCGAGACAACCAUCUAAAUUGGAUAAAUAGAGCUCCACAAAGUUCAUAUUGAAUCAUAUUGGGAAUGUUAUACUAAUCAUAGUUUUACAAUGAUCAUUUUAAAGCAUAAUAAUUAAAUAUUUAAAUUAAGAAUCAAUGAUCUUAUUAUACUUUUAUCCUCUUUUAUCUUUUCCAUCAAUAAAAAAGGUAGAUAUUAAUUAAGCAAUAAGGAAACUCAUAAAUAUAAAAAUUUCAAAUGUAAUCUUUUGCUCUAUCAAAUAAAUUGA